AUGCACGUGUUGGCCUACCGGCAUCCUUUAUCACAAGCCAUGGCUCAGUUGAACCUGAUUAGCCACUUGCGAGAGGUCGUCUCUCUUUUAAGAUCUUCAGGCAUGUAUUUCUUCACGUUGCUUUUAUUGUCAUGCUUAUUUCCGCAAACUUUUACAAAUACUGCAACAAGGGAAUCGCUAAAUACUAACUUUCUCUCCAAUCUAAUAGCUUCAUUCCGUGGGCCCAAUACUAUUAACAUCACGCAAUUUUUAACGACAUUGCAGUUACCGGAGUGCAUGAAGCAGUGCAUUCCGGAAAUUGAUGGCUUGCUAAUGGCGAUCUCUAACAGCAAUGAUACUCGAGAUAUAACUGAAAUUUGCAGCGAACUUCAAUCGUCAACCAAUUGCGCUUCCUCCGUCGGUUGUUCGAAGAUUUUUGCUGAGGCUGCGGCCAGUGCAUUCCAAUUUGUCUGCCUGGAUAACAUCCAAUCAAUAUCCGAAACAGUAGAAUGUGUGAAGAACGCGGCUCUGGACAUUCAACCGGAAUGUGAAGCCCAUUGCGAGGUACAGGCGAAGAUGAUUGAAGACGCUUCAAAUAACAAUAUGGAAGCGAUAUUCGAUAUGCCUCGAGUCUGCAACUCCACUCGUUGUUUACUGACGUGCUACAAAGAGAAAAUAGACAAGAAGUGUCAGAUGGGGGAGCAAAACUUGCUGGAUACCCUGUUGAGAACGGUGACUCAUGGUGAAGGCAAAGGAGUGGAGGAGGCACUGGGUUGGGUGAUGCCUGAUUAUUGUAAGGGCAAUAACUCGUUUAAAGCAAUUAACAGUGGUUCUUCGGGCAGGCCUCUAUCUGUAGGAAAGGCGGCCAGUUCAACUAAGCAAAAGCAAAGCAAAUCCUCUCCAAAAACCAAGUCUGGGAGCAAAAGGGAACAAGCUCCUGAGAAGUCUUUUUCCAUGAGUGGAGCUAGUGGGAAGAAGGCCGCAGCUGGUUUCACAGAAAGAACUCUAGUAAUCGACGGCGAGAUCCGUACACUAAGAUAUCAACUAAUCGAUUCGCAAGGUCACCAAGUACCAUCUCCUGAUUUCGAUACGCUUGCAAAAAUAAUGACUCAGCAAUUUUCAACUUUCUCGUUUCCCUCUAAUCGUCCCAUGGAAACUGUUAUCUUGCCGGCAAUGCGAUCCGGAAACGAUGCUGAGGAACAGCAGAAGAACUCCACCGAAUCAGAAAACGAGGAGAGCUUGGAUCUGAUCGGUGAAGCAAUCCAUGACUGGCGUUCAGAAGAUAGGUCAGAAACUUCUUCCGACGUAGUCGAUGUUACCAAGGAAGGAGUUGGGCUUACCAUAGGCCUGGUGGUCUUUGUUGCCACUGUCAUAUACUGGAUGUGGGAAACUGCCCGCGACAUGAAUUAA